CCGCGUGACUUUAUUGUGGCGCUGACUAUGAAAAAGAAUAGGCAUGUUGUUUUAGUGGUCUUUGUUAAUUUUAUCGCCAUUUAUACAAGUGUUACAAUGAUAGAAUAAAAUUAUUUUUACAUUGAAAACUAGUCUGUUUUAAUAAUAAAAAGCCACAAAAUGUCUCAUCCACAAAGUGCGCAAGGAAAUAAUAAUUUACCGCAAGGUGAUUGCAGUGCUUGUUGUUCAAAUGAAAUAAACACUCAUCAAGUGCAUCAAGCACAAAAUCCUGUAAAUACAAAUAUGCCUAUAAUCCCAACGAUGGUGCCGAGCCAGCUUAUGCAGUAUCCAGUAGCACAGCAACCCCCAAACAUACCGCCACCGGUUCAAGGUCAACCACUUGCUCUGUACGCUUAUCCUACUAUAAUGCUGCAGCCAAAUUAUGGAUAUCAACCUGCGAGUCAUUUUUUAACUGGUAAUCCACCGAAUAUUCCUGCGAGUAAUCCAAUUAAUACGGUGCCUAAUGUUCCCCAAUCACUCCAUUAUAAUCAACCAGAAACAGUUGCACAAGCACCGCCGAACCCGAUACCACCUCCGGUAAUUCCAAAAAAUACAGUACCAUGUAAAAAAAAAUCUAGACCACAUGCGCUAACCAGCAUAGUCAAUCCACAAACGGGAGAGAAUGUAGCAAAAUCCAUUUAUCAAGAAGUGGAGGCUGAAAGUUAUAGUGAAUCUACGUACUCAGAGUAUUUACAGAUAGGUGCUGAAUAUGCAUCGGACGUAAGUAGAGAAGAAACUCCUACGCCAGAAUCCGAGCCAAUCACGCCGGAGUCAUCUCCAUCAGUUAAGCAUACACAGCCAAAGUCACCGAGUGUCAAUCCGAAGAGUCCACCGAAAAACUAUCAAUCAAGUACACAACCUCAGCCUCAGUAUACAUUCGCACCAAAUAAUGCUCAAACGACUGUUAUUCAGAGUAGAAUCCAGCCCAAUUCUAGUCAUCAACACAGUGCUCCGCAGAGUAGUCAGCAUUCAAUUUCUACCUGCGAUCAAUCGUGCAACCAAUACUAUGACAGUUAUCAACACUAUCCACAGCCCGUAGCUGUUAAUCCUCAAUAUCAAGCCCCCCCUGUUAAUAUUCUCAAUCAAAUUCCACAAAAUUAUCCCCAGCAAGUAGUUUCUAAUGUUCCGUACAAUCAAAAUGCCCAGUGGAUUAACCAACAGAGUAGUUAUGCUGGCAGCCACCAGCAACAUUAUUCACAAGUUAACUAUCAACAACCUAUCAGUGCUCAACCUCAAAAUUACCCCAUGAGUGAUCAAGUUUAUAACAGAAAUAAUCAAGCAUACGGAAUGGCGGUGAAUACUCACGGACGGAGUUCUACAGGUCAUCAGCGAUUGCCUGAAGCGUACCCACGACGUACUGCCACCAAUUAUCAACACGAUUUAACAGCAUACAGUCGAGAGUCUAGUCAUGCACGUAAUCAACUGUACAAUUUACCAGUACACGUUAAUCAUCAACAUUCUGCUUAUAGAAACACUCAACAGAUGGUUCAAGAAAGCAGCCAAACUGCAAUUGUUUAUCACCAAACACCAGCUCCACCUAACAAUUGUGAUCAAACUGCUUUAAUAUCUAGUCAGCAAUAUGUUUCAGCAACUCACACUCAACAGACUGUUACUGCAACAUCACCUCAAGUUGUUAUUUCACAUACUAAUCAGCAAACUUAUCCUGCUAAUUCUCAGCAAAAUAUUCUACACAAUUAUUAUCGAGGAGCUGCGCCGAAUAUUCCAGCUCAGCAGAUUCUACCUCAAUAUAGAUUAACUGGUCAAGAACAACUUCCACAGGACAGUAGAAAACCUAUUCCUUCUCCACAAAGUUCUGUGAAUACAAAUCAGAAUCUUCCUGCACCUAACUAUCCUCCUCAACAAGCAAACUAUCAACUUGUUCCUAUCCCUGUGCAAGACAAUCAAAGAACUAAUCAACAACCUAGUUGCAGUCUUCCUGAAAGCAAUUAUCAAGCUCCAAUAAAUCAGAUAAAUCAAUACCAAAGCACCAGAAAGUAUCAUCACAACCAAAAUAGGCGAAACGAAGGUUAUUCCAAGUCGAAAAAUAAUUCUAACCAGAGAACAUUUUCAGGGCAAAGUUAUAGUGGAGAUAAACCACCUGCGGCGAUGAGCUCGACACCUCAAACUACAAUAUUAAAGCAUUCUGCAGCACCUGAAGUAGAACCGAAUCCUGUAAAAGUUCAAUCCAAAUCAUAUGUGACGUUUCAAGAUAAUACUAGGCCAGAGAAUAUUCAUUCACAUAACGCUAGUACGUCGUACGCUGCUUCGAGAUCUUUUCAUCGAAAUAUGGGGAGAAUGUCACAGUAUCCGCAACCUCCACUAAGACCACCUAGGCCUUCUAACCCACAAUAUCAAUCUUACUCAAGAGGUCCUCAUGCGCAGAGCUUACCGGCUUAUAAUUCAGGGCCUAGAGAGUGCAAUUCUGUGAACACUGGGACUAUUUACAAACAAUCUGGUAACUUGAAUGUCUCUUUUGCAUUAACUAACAAGCCUGUAUCACCAACAACACAUCAGGAUGCUCCGAGAACUAUUUUAGGACGACCUGAGCAAGGUUCAGAUCAGCAAAUUAAAAAGAUGCGGCAGUCUUUAUCACCAAAUUUUACAUACGAUUCAGAAGUUCAAAAAAGUUUAGAAAACACUGCUAUAAAUCCGCCAGAAAGAUUAGCACAAAAUGAUCAACAACAACAACAACAACAACAACAACAACAACAAAGCUUCAAUUUAAAACAGUGGUUGGAUUCGUCGGAAACUUCUGUAGCAACCAGCUCUGGGUCACUUAAAAAUGACUCGACUCUCAUCAUUCAGCCCAGUGAAAAAGAGAAAUCUUUACCAGAACCGGUAGUGGAAAAAACUAAUGAACGUCCGGUGAAUAUUAAUGUUCCAGAUGCACCUCAAACUUCAAAAUCUUCAACACCAGUUGCAAUUAAUCAGCAAGAAGUUAAACAGAACCAACCUGAAAAAAUACCAUCUUUAAGUUCUCUUGAUACUGCUGGCUCAAUAAAGAUUAUUUCAAGUGGUUCUACUACUAAAAAUGAACCUAAAGAGACUAAAGGAGAUUCUUCAAGUAGUUCUACUUCUAAAGAGAUUAAAAAAGAUUCACAAAUAAGUGUAAAAUCUAAAGAUUUAUCGGUAGAUUCUCAAAAAUCCGAAAGUCAAUCUAAAUUAAGCUAUUCAUCAAUUCUUGCGGCAAGUGGGAGUAAAACUGCACCAACUCCAGCAUGGAAUGAUUUAGUAACAUAUAAAAAAGUUGAGAACAAAGAUACUGGUACAAUUCCAAAGACGUCAAAGCCUCUAGACGGUCAAAGUAACUUUAAUCGAGAGCAACAAACUCUGAAGAACACCGAGGAUAAACUUAAAAAGUCUAAAAGUAAGAGUAAAAAGAAGAACAGAUAUAAAUAUUCAGAUUCUGAAUGGUCUGGUUGCCAUGAAAAUGAUUUUACUACGGAGAGACGUGAAAAUUAUGUAGAAACGCCGAUGGAAUCAAAACAAGAGUUGAAUGAGAAAUCACUAUCAUCAUUAUCAAAUACUUCAACAAAAUCUCAGCCUGUAUCUUCGAACAAACUUCAAGAACCAGUUGUGGAAUCAAAACAGUUUGAGUUGGAUAAAAAAUCAUCAUCAUCACCAAAUAAUUUGAAAGAAACUCGACCAGUAUCUGUGACUGGGCUUCAAAAAGAAACUGUGGAAUUAAAACAGGUUGAGUCAGACAAAAAAUCAUCAUCAUCAUCAUCACCAAAUAAUUUGAAAGAAACUAGACCAGGAUUCUCGACCGGACAAAAACAAACUGUGGAAUUAAUACAGGUAGAGUCAGAUGAAAAAUCAUCAGCAAGUACGUCGAAAGAAACUAGACCAGUAUCUUCGACCGAAAUUAAAGAACAAACUGAAGAAUCAAAAACGUCGAAGGUGAAUAAACCACCAUCAAUAUCAUCAGGUACUCCAAAUAAAAUUCGAGUAGUGCCUUUGAGUGAUCUUCAAGAACAACCUAAGAAUUCAAAGCAGUUGAAGGCAGAAAAAAAAUCAGCGAGUGGUUCAAAAAAAAAUCGAGCUGGGCCUUGGAGAGAAUCUCAAGAAAAAUCUGUGGAUUCAAUAGUUCAGGAGUUGGAUCAAAAACCAUCGACGUCGUCUAAUACUUCAAAAAAAAUUAAAAUAUUAUCUGCGUCUGAAAUUAAAAAACAAAUUGCGCUGUCGGAAGCAGAACAGUUAGCGUUAAAUCUAGAACCAUUAUCAUUAUUCAGAGACUUUGGCAAAAAAAAAAAAACCUCAAAUCAAGAAGCAGUAGAAUUAGACCAAACAAGAUUACAUGAGUUGGAGGUACAAUUACAGAGGAUACGAUCAUACUCACCAUCACCACCACCACCAUCAUCAUCGAAUACGACAGCUCAAUUGAUACCUUCGAGCGAACUUCAAAAACAAGCUUCGGAAGAUCCCGAAAAAGAAGAAAAAAGGGAGAUUUUAGAAGAGUUUCUAGAAGAUCCUUUAAACGAUGCUUUAAAGGAUACAAUUUUUCCUCAGGAUCAUCAAAUAUUCCAAGUAUUGGUGGAUCAAAAUAAAGAAAUAGUAAUUGAUGAAGUGUACGAUGUAUAUACUAAAAAGGGGAUGAGUAAAUUUAGAGCUGAAGUCGAUGAAAAGUCACAAAUGAGUGACCCACAGCUCAUAAAAUCUUUCUUCUUGCAAAAAUUUACAUUCCUAAGUCCCAGUCAAAUUGACAAUCUUGACACCGUUAAAGAAUCAGCAGAAAUAGUUUCAGAAGUUGUAAUCACUCCUAAAAUUACAGCUGACAAAAACGAGUCAGAUGUUAAAUAUUAUAACAAAGAUGUAACUAUCACAAGUAAAAUUGUUUUAGAUGAUCCAGGUUUCAAAAUUUGUACUGAAGAGUCUACAGCUGAUAAGAGUGAAGAAAUUUCACAACUUGAAUUUCAGAAAAAUGAAAAAAAUUUACUUGAUCACUUGGAAUGUAAUCCUGAAACCCCGAUUCAUAUUAUACCAGAGUAUAAUAUUGAGAAGAAUAUAGAGAGUAAACCUAAGGUUGAAGAUAAUGUAGAAGAAAGUGAAGUGAAGCCACCAGAAGAAACACUUUCAUCAAAUUCAUGUUCAAUUAAAAUAAUCCAAUACAGUCGUGAGUUUCUUAUAAGACUUAGAAAUUCUCCUUACAGUAAAAUCCGGCCAUCAAAUUUACCUGACAUGGAAGUUAUCAAUCAUAAAUCAAACUAUGAAAUAAAUUAUAGCACUCCAGUAAAUUUACGGGCUUUUCCAGAGCCAUCAUUUAAAGUUCCUGAAUACUUUAAUCCCUUUUCUUUUAGGCAAUUUUCUUCAAAAACGAUCUUACCUUCAAGAGCUAAUACUCCAGAAAUAAAAGUAAAGUCCUCUGAACCACCAAUGAUAUAUUUUAAAUUGUCACAGCCUGAAGAUGUAGCGUUACGUAAAAUAAAAAAUGCAUGGAAGCCUUCUUUUACGAAAAAUAAUUCAUCAGAAGCAGGAGACCGAGAAAAUUCAGAGUCGGUUUAUAAAAAAGUCCGAAGCGUGUUAAAUAAACUAACACCCGAAAAGUUUGCGAAACUUGUCGGACAAAUAAAAGAUAUAGAAAUAGAAAACGAGGAGGCAUUACAAAAAAUUAUUGACUUGGUAUUUAAUAAGGCUAUUGCUGAACCAAAUUUUGCCGUAGGCUACGCUUCAAUGUGUAACGAACUUAGUCAUUUAAAAAUUCGUAAUUCAAAUAUGAAUGAUAAAAAAAAUUUCAGGCAAUUUCUUAUUGAUCGGUGUCAAGCUGAAUUUGAAAAAGCUGCUUUUGACGAAGCUAUUAAACAACAAAAAUUAGAAGAAAUAAAACGGUGUACUGAUCCUGAAGAGAAGAAAAAAUUACAAUUAAGUCUUGAAGAGUACGAUUAUCAGAUCAGAAAAAGAUCAGUUGGGAUUGUUAAAUUUAUUGGGGAGUUAUUUAAAAACAAAAUGUUGACUCAAAAUAUUAUGCAAAAGUGUAUGAGUCAACUUUUGAGCACUCCAGAUGAAGAAAGAUUGGAAUGUUUGUGUAAAUUGUUGACGACUAUUGGGAAGUUAUUUGAGGAAAAAAUUAGUUUGGAAAUUUAUAUAAAACAGUUGAAAAAUUUAGCGAAACAAAACACGGAGUAUAAAAUCAGCUCGAGAAUCAGAUUUAUGAUUCAAGAUGUUGUUGAGUUGAGACUCAACAACUGGGUGUCUCGUCGUAGUGACUCUAAUCCAACAACUAUGGAUCAAUUGCAGAGAGAUGUUGAACAGGAAGAGCGUAAAAACAGGAACGAUCGUACACCUUAUCAAAACCGUCAGCAAAAUGAUCGAAUCACUCCUCAAAGUACUAGCCGCAAUGAAGACCUUUUUACCCCAAAAGAGACUUACAGUAAUAGGCAAAGAGGUUAUUUGAACAGUGGAAGACGGAAUAGUCGAGCUAGUUCAAGGCCUGAGAGUGAAAGACGCAGUCCGUCUAAGCCAAGAACUGGAAUUAAUUUGUCAAUAAAACCUCAACUGGAAGAUACUAAUGUUCUGGGGAAUAGAAACGCUUAUAUAUGGAACAAAACGCCGGCAAUGCACACGCCCACGGAGACUUACAACCCAUACAGUUUGUUGGACACGCCUAACUUGACGGUGGAUAGAGAUAGACUGUCUGUUAAUAUUACGGGGACACGCUCGGCUGGUCCGAAAGAAUAUCGCAGUAAUUCGUCUUGGAGAGGACGUUCUUCGUAUAGUAGUACUCAUAGUCAAUCCAGCUCUUUAAAACGAGAAUCGUUGUCAAUAAAAACGAUUUCGCCUAGCAUACAAAGUACUAAAAAUUUAUUUCAGCCGGAGUUUAAGUCACAAAGUAGUCUGCCAUUCGUAUCUUCGUCUAAAUCGAGCAGUAAUAGCAGUAAUGUUAGUAAUAAGCUCCAAAAAACUGGAAGAGAAGAAGAGGCAAAAGAUUAUUCUAAAGUCUUUAAUGAUAUUUUGGACUGCUGCUAUAAUUCUACUGAUGCUGCAUUCAUUAAAGAUAUUGAAGAUGUCUUAAAUGAAUUAGAAACUUCUGCAUUUGCGCGCUUUCUCCAAGAAACAACUUUGAGAGUUUUUGAAGACUCCUGUUCAAAAGUUCUUACAAGAUAUUCAUUAAUGCUGUCUCAUAUGAUAAAGAUUAAAUUUAUUUCUUUCUUAUUGUUCCAAACAGAGUACCAAAAAUUACUUGAAACAGUUGAUGAUAUGAUAUUAGAUAUUCCUCACUGUUUGACCCAUAUUUCACAACUUCUAUUAGAAAUGUUGAUAUCUGGCCUUCACCCGUUUGCUGAAUUGAAGCAAACGUUGUCUUCUCUGAAAAAUAAAGAACAUAGAAGAAAGAUUUUGGGGGAAUUGUUGUCGCUUUUGAGAAAUAGUCAAGGGUCCGAAUGGUUAGUGGACAAAUGGAGUAAAAGCGAAUUACUGUGGACUGAUUUUGUUGAUCUCAACGGAGAACAGCUUGAUGGAUUUAUAAAUAUGUACAAGUUGGAUUGUCUUGUGGAUGUUUGUAAUAAUCCUGAAAGAAUUAUUUCAUCGACAGAAUUGAGUUUGACCGAAAUUCAGAAUCAUUUAGUCGGGGUUUUAUCAAUAGAUGAUUUUGACAAUGUUGUUUCUUGGAUAUCUGUAAAUGUUGGUGCGAGAUCCAAACAUCCUCAAUUUGUAAGAAAUCUUGUUACAUCUAUUUUAAGAAUUUCUAUUGAACAAAACGGAGAGUCGUGGAAACUAAAUGAAGAAAUGUUUAAUAAAUUAUUAAAAUAUAUCCAACGUUAUGUAGAUGCAAAUUUUCAAUUGGAGCUUCAAUGUUUGUAUGCGAUUCAGGCAUAUAUUCAUGAACUACAGCAUCCGCAAGGAGUCCUAGCUCGUAUCGUCAGUAUUUUAUGCACUGAAUCAAUCAUAGCAGAUGAGACAUUUUUAGCGUGGCGAGAAAGUACAGAAGAAACCGAAGUUCAAGGUCGCGGAACUGUCAUAUCAGCCCUUCGGUCGUUUUUCGAGAAUCUUUCGUUACUUCUAGAAAGCGAUAAAUUAGGCGAUAAAACUUGAAUAGUCUUUCAAAGCUUUAUCUAAUAUAUUUAUUUUUAUUUUGUGAUUGUUAUUUAUUAUUUAUAUAUUUGUGAGUUCUUGUAUUUGUUUUUUUUUUUGUUUACAAAGUUUUGAAUUCAUAUAUUUAUUAAGAUUAUAAUUUAUAAAAUUAGUCCGAGUUAUAUGAUAUAAAAUAAGAAAAAUUGUUAGAGAAUAUUCUACUAUAUAAAAUUUAUAAAUUUAGCCUUCGUAAUUCUAUUGCAUUGUUACAAAUACUUUAAAUUUUAUCUUAUUUGUAUGAAAGUGAUAAUUGGAAUGUUAGAACUAAGAAGUAUAGUAUUUAGGAUUUAAUUUUCUAGUUCUUAAAAAAAAUGAGAUAUUUUUCGUAACAUAUGUAAAUAUUCAAUAUUUUUUUACCGGAAUGAAUAAAAAUGAAGUGCAUUUAUU